CAAAAUGAAUGAAACCAAACUAAAAUGGAAUAGAAAAGAUGUCCAAACUGAUUCCACUGAGCAUUUAAACCACUUUUUAACUUCCCACAGAUAGCUAGGCUAGGAUUAGAGUGUAAUGGGUCUGAAAAAAAAGUUUAGUAGACUUUAAAAUCAAGUACACGUGGCCCAAAUAAAAUGUCUAAUCAUGAAUAGGCAGUACAUGAGAUUAAUGAGAACAAUUAAAAUCUUGCUUGCCUCUCGAGAUGUAAACACCCAUAUUCUUUACUCACUGAGCUGCAUAACAUUUUGAUUCACACCAAAUUACUGUUAUUUUUUUUAAAGCAAUUUGGCAUGUGACUGUGACUGUGAGUGAAGGUCAAAGUGCUGCCUGUUAAAGUUUGGUAUUUGUGUUUUGUGAAAAUUGUAAUUAAAGCCAUGGUCCAAGGAUUAUGUUAGAUUGAAUAAAAAAUUCCUUCUGUUUAUUGUACAAAGUUGACAUUGUAACGGGCUACCAGUAAAACACGGGCUAGCACCCAAAUUGUGGAAUACUCUGCCAUGCUCUGAAUGCUGUUUAGACUGUGUCGAUAGUUUUAAAAGCAGCUAAAGACUUUUUUUUAAACAGGCUUUUAGUUACUCGGGGUUUUACUACCUACUAUUUACUAUAUUACUAGGUUUGCUCCCAUGUUUUAUGUAUUCUUUUGUGUUUUGUAUGUCACUUUGAAGCACUUUGUGACAUUGAAAUGUUUUUUGUUUUGCUUUUUUAAGAGCAGAAACACUAGAGCAUGGCGGUCUUCAAGCAGUCACAGAGUUCGCCUAUAACUCGGGCUGGCACUGCCGAGUGCGCGCGAGUGGUGAGCGCAAUGCGACGUGCAAACGCAAGCGGAUGUUUUGCGUUUCAAGUAUGCUACAUGCAUGCUGCCUUUAUGAACCCCAGGAAAGCCGCAAUAUGGGUCGGUUUUACUUUUAGGCAAACAUUUCAACUUUUUUUUUUUACGAUUCCAAACGUUAAACAGCUCAAUAUUUAAUAGGGUUUUGUUUUUUGUUUUUUCAUUCUGCGUUUAGAUCUGGGUCUGUUUUUGGUAAACAUCCGAAAGGUCCAGGCCUAAAGACACCGAUGGCAGGAGAUCUCAUUCUUCAUUUUGUCUUGCGAUGAAGUGAGGACCAGCAGAGAAGCUUAAACACCAUCAACCAAACCAGGUUGUGGAAUUUCCUGAGAAAAAUCUUAUGGAUACUAAAAGAGAGCCUCUCUCGAGACAAGAUGCAGUCACCACGGACAAUCCAAGCUCUUUGAGAGACGAUAUAGAGAAUUACUAUGAGUCAUUUUCUGCAAAUAAUAAUCAGUAUGAGCACACCCUGGCUGGGCUCAUUCCUCAGCCUGAAACCCCACCUGAACCUCAGAGAAAUGAGCCUCCUGGGAAUCCCAACAAUCAGAUUAAGAAUGGUCCACCACCACUUCCACCUAGAUUAAGGCUCCCGAGUAUACCUGGUGAUGCCAGACGUGUACCCCCUCCUCUGCCCCCCCGGAAUAAUGUACUUUUCAAUUGUAAAAAGCAGAUUUCCUGUGAAACUGGCAAGCUUGAUCAUAAAUUUGUGCGGUCCAACACAGAGGUGCACAGUAACGAUCCAUGGGCCAUUAAACUAAUAGACUCUCCAGAAGGCAGCACCAAGAAUCAGGCUUCAUUCAGCGAUGCAACAACACAGUUGAUGUCACUAUACAAGCACACUGACAGGGUUCACAACUCAGGUGUAGUAUGGUGCCGACUGUUACAUAUCCACCCUGCGCUGCUGCAGCAGUUGGAGAUAGAUGUCACUGUGUCCACAGAGGAGGACAAUCUCUUGUUUCCCAUUCCUACCCUAGCAAACAAAAAGGUGAAGGAUCUAAUUGAUGAAUUUUUCAAGCUGCUUGACCGGACAGCUGACACAAGCAAGGAUUAUGUUUUAAAAUUUUGUGACUCUGAAGAAUACCUCAGAAAUGAAGACCUUUUUGGCUUGCACGAGAGAGUGCAGAUGUAUCACAAGUCAAAAAUGGUGAUUAAUCUUCGACUGGUCCACAUAAACCACCUGAAACGUCAUCUGGCCAGAGAUGCUGAGGAUGAUAAAAUGGAGUACAAGCUGUGCCAGUUCCUGCGUACUGUCAGUUUCCACUGCACCGCCAAGUUGAGCAUGGAGAAUGUGCUCAGUACCUACAACAGACAUGUGGCAGAACUUUUGAGCAGUCAGUCUAAUAAGAAUAUCCCUUUGGUUGCAACCAAUGUUCGCAUCAUCAGUAAUCUUCUAGCUGGGCUUACCUGUCAGGAGUUGGAGGAUGCCAUCGACAGGCUUAACAGAAUCUGUCAUGGACCUCUGAGCUAUGAUAAAAUAAUGGAGCGUGAAGCUGCCAUGGUCAUGCUCAACGGGGCGCUGCUCAAAGUGCUCCAAAUAUAUUUUGACAAUUUCCAGUCAGAAUUCAGAUCGCACAGACUUAUCGGCAGACCCCAAACCCUUGACGUUGAUGGCAAUCAUGAGAUCUUGCAGUUCAGUAUAGCAUCUAUCUACAAACUAAAUGCAAGCUGGAGGAUUUAUGAAAGCUUUUCAGUUUCCUGUGACUUGACGUACGGAGAAACAAAGAUCUGUGAGACCGGCGUUUCAGAAAACAUCAACAUAGCCUUGUCACAGGGAAACAACAUCUGUUGUAAUCGCCUGAUGGUGUUUCCUGUUCGAGUAAAUGGGUUGCCGUAUGAGUGCAUGCUGACAUUUCGCCUCAAAGGCACAAAGCGAGGGAGAAACCCAGAACUUUUAUGCUGGGCCGUGCUGCCCCUCUACAGCGACAGAACCCUUCUCAGAGGAACUGUCCUGCUCAGUAUGUCCUCUCUUGCUGAACUGCCUUUUCCUCCAUCCCCUGCACUGUCCGACAGCCACAGACAGCCCAAAGGAGUCAUACUGCAGCUUGAAUUUGAAGACCAGUUUGAGUGGGAAUACCAGAGACCCAUUGCUCUUCCGGAGUCAAUCACCUUUACUCAGCCUUGUGAUGAAGUGCAAAGAAAAAUGUUGGAGAUUUCCAAAAAGAAUUGUGUCUGCUUCCUGACAGAAAAUGAGAAGUCUUUCCUGUGGAGCAAACACUAUUGUAGUGACAAAAGAAGCACCUUCCUCCACCUGCUGCUCAGUGGAGUCCCCCGGUGGCAGCCUGAAGACUUGACGGAAAUCUACACUGUGGUAGACAACUGGCUCAUUCAUCUGCCCGAGGAGGCUCUUUUCCUGCUUACUCCCAGUUUUCCAGAUGAGACUGUUCGGAAAGCUGCUGUUGACUACUUUGGACAGAUUCCAGAUGGAGAGUUCGAGUUGUUUCUGCCACAGCUGGUCCAGGCUCUGAAGAACGAGUGGAAACUUGAUGGACCUCUGGUGAUGCUGCUGUUGGAGAGAUCCCUUAAGAACAUACGGAUUGCUCAGCAACUAUACUGGCUGUUGGAGGACACCAACACCGACUGCUACUUCCAGAGCUGGUUUAAUAAAGUUCAGGCUGCCUUGUUGCUCUGCUGUGGUCACGCCCUGAGGAAGGAGCUGGAACAUGAAAGUCGUCUGGUGCAACUGCUCGUUCAGGUGGCCCAAAAAAUUCACUCUGCUGACAAGUCUCAACGUAAGAAUGUUUUGAACAGAGAAAAGGCAGUUAUCGAUGAGUUAUUCCGGGGUGGCAUCACCUGCCGCCUACCUCUAGAUCCUGCAGUCAGUGUGAAAGCAGUCGACUUGGAUGCCUGUAAAUUCUACAGCUCCAACGCUGCUCCUCUGGGGGUCACGUUCAUUUGUGAUGACUCUCUGGCUAAAAACAACAGUGUCAUUUGCAAGACAGGGGAUAACCUGCGUCAGGACAUGCUGGUUCUUCAGAUAGUCCGUGUGAUGGACUGGGUGUGGCUCCAGGAGGGGCUGGACCUGCAGAUGAUUAUGUACCGUUGUCUCUCUACGGGCAGGGAUCAGGGUCUGGUGGAACUGGUGCCGGAGGCUGUGACCCUGGGAAAGAUUCAUCAGGAGUGGGGUCUGAGUGGGACACUUCGAGAAGACACUUUGGAGAAAUGGUUCCACAUGUUAAACAAAACUAAAGAGGGCUAUGAAAAGGCAGUGACAAACUUCAUCCAAUCAUGCGCGGGGUGGUGUGUAGCCACCUUCAUCCUGGGAAUCUGUGAUCGCCACAAUGACAACAUCAUGCUGAAGCACAGUGGCCACAUGUUCCACAUUGACUUUGGCAAGAUCAUGGGAAACGCUCAGAAGUUUGUAAACUUUAAAAGGGACAGAAAACCCUUUGUUUUCACAUCUGAGAUGCAGCACUUCAUCACAGGAGGUGGAGAGAAACCUCAGCGCUUGCAUCGCUUUGUGGAGCUCUGCUGUGAAGCUUAUAACAUCAUCAGAAGUCGCUCUGCACUGAUUCUGAGCAUGUUGGAGCUGAUGCUUUCUGCAGGAAUGCCAGAACUGAAGGACCUAAAUGACUUGCAGUUUGUCCAGAACAACCUUAGACCUCAUGACACCGACCUAGAAGCCACUUCCUACUUUACAAAAAAAAUCAAGGAGAGUAUGGACUGUGUGGCUGUCAAGUUUAACUUCUUCACCCACGCCAUGGCUCAGCCAAAGAAACAACAGACAAUACCCCAGGACAACAUUCCUGCUCCGAGUACCAACAUCCAGGAAGCUGUCAUCCAGGAUUUCUCUGUCAAGGGACGAGUUGUGACCUACAACCUAAAGAUAACCAUUGAUGAUGGUUUUUUGACAAGUCAGAAGACCUUUGGGCAGUUUGAACUGAUUCAUAGACGGCUCCAGACAUACUUCAUUGAAUCUAAGCUGCCGCAGUUUCCGAGCUGGUAUCAAAUGUCAUUUACCCCACAGAGGAGGCAGGCUCUGCUGAAUACUUACUUAAAAGAGCUUUUUGAGGGACCGUGCAAAGGAGAUGAAUAUGUCUGCAGCUUGUUCCUAGAUGGUCCCGCAGCCAAUAAAAAUGUGACAAUAGGAGGCGGUCCUCAGAUCCAGCUGCAUAUUUCUUACUCUCACUGCAAGCUCUCUGUGUUGGUGAAACACCUGCAGAACAUUAAGUUGCCAAAUGGCUCGAACCCUGAUGCCUACGUGAUUACACGGCUAAGACCAGACCCCCAACAGAUCUCCAAGAAGAAGACGAAGGUGGUCAGUAACAAUGACCACCCUACCUUCAACGAGCUGCUGGAGUACAAUUCUGUCCCACUGCUGUAUGGGAUGGUGCUGGAGGUGACGGUGAAGAGCAAGAAGACCAAGAAGACAUUUGUGGCUGCGACCAAUAUUAAACUGGAGGACGAACUGCUGGAUAGGGAGCUGUGGUUUCCCCUGAGGAACUGUGUAAUUUGACCCUGAGGUCUGCACUGUGAGCCUGCUGUCAGCAGGGGGUGCCAACACACUUAUUGUAUUUUGUCUUUUGUUUUGAUGCUCAAUGUUUUUUUGCCAAGGUAGAGAAAUACAGUGAGGAUAUUCAUGUCAUUUAUUCGUGUCUAUAAUAGGCAUGUUAACCUCACUCCAGAGUUAAAAGCACUGGCAGGGUCUGGGAUUUUUAGCCGAAGUUACAAAGUAAAAACAAAAACGACGUGUACAGUCAAAUUGACCAAAUGAACUUUUGUUAUUUUUUUUGUUCAGAUCAGAUGAACAUUAAAAAGAUUUUAUGAAGAAAAGGGCGUACUGCUCGUCACACUUUUGCUGUUAGUCCAGCUUUGUUUUCAGAGCUGUGACUCAAAAUAGUAUCUUUGUGUUGAUGUGACAGAUCAAGCAGGAAGGGAUGUUUGGAUCCGCCUGCUUCUUACCUGCACAGACAUGUUUGUCCCUCCAAGCUGCAUGUCCUUGACCAGUGGAAUUGGAGGCGAGAGACGAGCGGGUGAGGGAAAGGGGAUGAGACUGUGUGAGCUGGAUGACAACUCAGCAUCUCAGGCCUGAGGGUAUUUAACAACCCCCCCACUCCCACUCCAUCCACCGUCUUAUCCAUCAAUAGCAUUUAAAUGCAGUCAACCACAUGCGUGUAUGGCAGACAAAACACAAACACUCCAGUUGACAUGCGCACUCACUCUCUAGGCCAAUCUGGGUCUUGAUGUUAUCUUGUUGCAACUCCUGUCCUGACAGGCCUGCUGACAUAAACUUUCCUUUUACCUCAUUUAAAGGAUUUAGUGAUGAGCAGAGAUGGAAAAAGACUUCCGUGCACUGGAUUCGGCUUAAUAAUAUAUACCUCGUUGGAGACUGUAAUAUUCUCCGACGAGUUCCUCUAAAGGAAAUGGAACUGGGAGCAAAUGCUGGUUGCUGUUUUGUGAUGACUGUGGUCAUGGAGCGUUAUUAAAAUUGGUAUCACUAACCACUGUCAGCCCUGAAAUUUGAAAGCAACAGAACAGACACAUUUGUUGGCAACCCUGGAAAAGAUGUGUUAAAAGCUCUAAAAUAAAUGUGUCUGUUGUUGCAGUGGUACUGUCUCACACUGAAAACAUUAUUUAAAGUCAACCUUUCAUUUUAUUACAUUUACUCGAUGGGGGAAAAAAAACAUGUUAGGAAAUUAUUUUUUUCUUUUUUGCCAAUAGGAGGGUGCUUUAUUUUUUAUAGCAUUUCACAAGCCUGAAGUAGAAAAGGCACAAUGUCCCUAGGUCGGUAGUGUCCAAACUUUUUGCCAUGGGGGCCAAAAAUUUCAAGUUGAAAGUAAAUGGGGGGCACAAACUUUGGAUUAUUAUUUUUUUAAUUUAAACUGCAGAAACUACAUUAAACUUUUUCUCUUUAUCCUGCUCAACAAUAAACUAAACACAAAAUUGAAUGAAACAGGCAAAAUAGUCUGAUUUCUGAUUUGUGCUCCAAAACACAAAAAAGGGUCUCGCAGGUUUGCACGGUUAAAAAGACAAGAAAAAGAAACACCAUCUAAUGUUUGGGGCUGGUUACCGUGUACUAGAUUUUUUUUUUUUUUUUUGCAUAUUUUCAGCAACAACAGGAUUUCGCUCACUCUUGCUUUAUAGCCACGUUUGAAAUAAAUGGUUGAGUCCAGGUUAGCUUUUCAGUAAAAGCCGCUGGAUGUGUUCUAGUUACUUUUUUUUUUUUGUCUUUUCAAAAAUCUGUUUAUUGCUUUUUUGUUUUAAACACGGUACAAGACAUGUAUCACACAUGCGUACAUAACAGUACAUAAUAACAGCAACAAAAGAUGACAAAAAAAGAAAGGCAUUAACAGCCGAAAACCUCAAGGUGACAAACAUAUGCAUUGAGUGCAUUGAGACAGUAUAUUUUAAGUUUGUUGUAUCAGGGCAGCGCACUGGAAUUUAAUCCAAACGUUCCGAGCAUCGUACAUUAGAGGCAUCAAACAACUUGUUCACAUUAAAAGUCCUCCCCCUUGUGUCACAUCAGCCAUUAUCAGUGAUUCAAUUUCUAACACUUUUCAUACAGCUAAAUACACUUGAAUUGUUUUUAUUUAGCAUAAGCAUAACGGAAACUUUGCCCAUAUAACAAAAAGAACAAAAUUAGCCCGAUUACGUUCGCUCACUCAUUCAUCAUUACAAACCUUCCACACUCCAAAAAGAGCAAGACAUUUUUCCACAUCUUUUUAAACAUAGAGUAAUUUACCCUUAAUCAUAAAAGUAAGUUUCUCUAGGGCAAGAGAACUAGAUAGCGCAGAUAGCCAGGUUUUCAGCUGAGGCCUAGCAAUAGAUUUCCAGGACCUGGCUAUACUAUAUUCUGCCUGUAGCAAACAGUAGAUUAUGGGUUUUUUUUCAACAUUGUUUAGUUGAUUUUCAGUGGAAGAAAUCCCUAAGAUACAUAGUUUAGGACAACAAUCCAGUUUAACACCUGUGAUAUGUGAAACCUUGUCCAAAACUUCCUUCCAAAAUUUUUGGAUCUCAGGGCAUUCCCAUAAGCAAUGGAUCAAAGUGCCCUUGGCCCCACAUUUGGCGGAUAUAUCUGGAAUAUUAGAGUCAAAUUUGUUUAAUAAUGUUGGGGUAACAUAUGUUCUCAUUAGCCAUUUAUAUUGGAUCAAUUUAGUGUUAAUAGAUUGUGUCUGUGCUUUCAGACAGGCCAUCUGCCACUCAUCCACUGAUAUAUUACUUUUUAAUGUAAUAUAUCACACCAUGCCAGUCUUUUGUUAUCUGAGGAGGUUUGGGAACUGUCUUUGAUGGUAUUGUAGAAACAGGAUAUUAGACCCUUCUUCAUAUGGUGGUUUAUUGCUAGGUCCUCUAAUGAAGUGAGAGUGGGUAAGGUGAGAGAUUUUUGUGUAGCUAACAUAAAGCUUCUAAUUUGAAGAAACUUUAAAAAAAUGCUUAGUGGGAAUAUCAAAUUUGCGUUUUAAGUCAUUAAAACUCAUCAUAGUGCCUUUAUCAAAUAAAUCUCCAAUUUGACAUAGGUCUUUAUCAUGCCAUGUUUUGAAACCCAUAUCUUUUCUACCUGGUUCAAAUGUCAUAUUGCCCCUAAUGAGAGAAAAUUGGGAUAGUGUUGGUACUUCAUCCUUGAACCUGUGUGCAUCAACCAAACAAAAUUCGAAUGGUAUUUUUUACCAGUGGGUUUAAUGUUUUUUUUAACAAAUCUAUAUAUUUUCUUGAAUAUAAGUAAGAAUUUAGGGGUAGGGUCGUAGUGUUAGUAUUUUUUAAGUUUAUCCAAGAUAAACCUAUCGCUGAGAACCAACAGGAGGCACUAGAGAGCUGAGCAGCCCAAUAGUACCACUUAAGAUUUGGUACCCCUAGUCCUCCUCUAUCAAAUGGAAGAUAUAGUAAUAAUAGGCUCAGUCUGGGCCGUCUGUUAUUCCAAAUGAAAUUAUUGAAGACUGUAUCUUUGCAAAAAAAAAAACAUUUGGUGGAUUGAGGGGGAUGGCCUUGAAGAGAUACAGGAAUCUUGGAAGUACGUUCAUUUUGAGAAUAUUUAUACAGCCGAUCAAGGAGAUGGGCAACGUGGACCAUCUGUUAAUUGAUUGCACUACUGAGUUAAGUGUUGGUGUGUACUUUGUCAAAACCAGUUCAUCUAUGUUUGGAGUAAUCUUUAUACCCAAGUAAGUAAGGCUGUCUUUUGCUACUUGGAAUGUAGUGUGAAUUGGUGGAUUGCUUCUUUCAGAUUGUUUUAGAAAUCGAAUAGCAGAUUUAGAUUCAUUAAGUUUAUAACCGGAAAUAUUGCCAAAUUCCUCAAUAGUUCUAAGUAGCUGGGGAAUUGAGUUUUUUAAUUUGGACAUCAUAAUAAUUAUGUCAUCGACAAACAGUCCAAUUUUAGAUUCAAUAUUAUUUAUUCUAAUGCCCACAAUAUUUUGAUUAUUCCUUAUGGCAACAGCCAAUGGCUCAAUUCCCAGCACAAAAAGGAGAGGUGAGAGGGGGCAGCCUUGACGCGUACCUCUAGCUAGGCUGAAGGGUUUGGAUACAAUAUUAUUGGUUAUAACUGAUGCUGUAGAUAUAUUGUAAAUUAUUUUAACCCAGGUUGUAAAAUACUUGCCAAAACCAAAGAGAGAAAGGAUUUUAUAAAGGUAAGCAUGCUCCACCCUAUCAAAUGCUUUUUCUGCGUCCAGGGAUAGCAGAGCUAUAUCUGGAUAUUUAUAUUUUGGAUAAAUUAUGUUCAGUACUCGACGGAUUCCAUGGUGAGCAUGCCGUCCUUUUACAAAUCCAUUCUGGUCAAGGUCAGAGAGGGAGGGCAGAACUUUUUCAAGACUGAUUGCUUGUACAUUUCCUAUUAUCUUGGAAUUGGAGUUUAUAAGUGAAAUUGGUCUGUAGGAUUCACAUUUUGUAGCUGACUUGCCAGGUUUUGGUAGUACCGUUAUAAUAGCAUUUCGCAUUGAGGGAGGUAAUUCCUUUGUUGAGUAACUUUCCACUAACAUAUCGUAGAGGGGUUGUACCAAUUUGUUUUUAGAUAUUUUAUAUAGGUCUAAAGGUAUCCCGUCUGGUCCAGGUGAUUUUCCUGAUUUUAGUUUAUCUAUGGCAUUUGAAAGUUCAUUUAUAGAUAUUGGUGCAUCCAGCUCUGCCUUGGCUUCUUCCCCAAGUAUGGGGGUAGUUAUAGAAUCAAAAAAGGAGUCUAACGAAACCUGUUAUCUGUCCCUUAGAGGUAUAUAACUUUGAGUAAUAAUCUUUAAAAAGAUAAUUUAUUCUUUGUGGAUCUGUAAUGUUUUCAUCUGCUGUUGUAAUUUGAUUUAUUACCCUCUCAUUCUGUAUAGCUUUUAUGCACCAUGCUAAGAGUUUUCCUACCCUCUCUCCCUGGUCAUAGUAAGUCUGUUUCAGUCUGAAUAGUUCUGCUGAGGCUUUAUUAGUGGUGAGUUUAUCAUAUUUUGCUCUCAGCAAUAGCAGUUCUUGUUGUUUUUCUUUAGAAUUAUUUAAACUUAUCUCAAGUUCAGCCUCUUUUAUUUACCCUUCGAGGUCUCCUUACUCAUUUUAUUUGAUUUGCUUUUUGUGUAACUUAUCAUCUGCCCCUGUAUAAAUGCCUUGAAGGCUUCCAAUCUAAUAGAUGCUGUAGUCUCUGAUUUAUUGAAGAUGAAGUAAUCAUCAAUAUUUCUUUCUACAUAUUUCAAGAAACUAGGAGUUUGCAACCAGUGAGAUUUGAAGCGCCAGACAGGACUAUGUCUAGAAGCAUUCAAGGAGGAGAAUUUAAGCAUGCAUAAUGAGUGACCCGAGAUCAAUAUAGUAUUAUACAUACAACUGUUAAUUCUGGGUACCAAAGAAUUUGAAAUCAGGAAAUAAUCUAUACGGCUGUAGCUCUUGUGGGUAGUUGAAUGACAGGAAUAUUCUCUCUUUGUUGGAUUUAUUACUCUCCAUAUAUCUUAUAGAUUUAGUUCAGACAUGAAAUGUUGUAUAGCUUGUUUACUCUUAGGGUGAGACGACUCCGAGCCAGUUGAUCGGUCAAGCUUAGGAUCUAGAGUACAGUUAAAGUCCCCGCCAAUAAUCACGUCACCACGGAGAGCAGCAAUAGAGAGGAACAAAUUAUUGUAAAAGUCCAGGUCAUCUAUAUUAGGGCCAUACAGGUUAACCAAUAUUAAGUUUUUGUUCAUCAAUGAACCUUGAAUUAUAUUGAAUCUUCCGGCAGGAUCUACCAUAGAUUUUUAAAUACAUAUAUGUAGGGAUUUGUGAAUAAGUAUUGCCACUCCCCUAGCAAGUGAGGAAAAGGAGCUUGUUCUAGUUCCUAUUUACUAUGAAAUUAAAUUGAAAGCAAAAAACAUGGUCAAAAACAUGGUUACAUUUUCCAUUAUAAGAUUUUAAUUUGUCUAUAUUUUUUUAAAGGACUCGCAUUACCGAAAUUUGAACCCUAACUUUAUUUUAUCAUUUGUAUCUGCAUCAACCAUCUGAGUGGGCAAACCAAAUGCCGUUCUUCAAAUCCAAGGACUGCAAAUGGCCCCCAGGCCGCAGUUUGGACACCCCUUUCCUAGAUGAUCCUUCACUCCAACUCCCCCGCAGGUUUCCUAUAGGAUUUGUAUCUGACGACUGAGAUAACCAUAGAUUAAGGUUGAUGUUGUGACUAUUUUCUUGUUUGGCCAGAAAAAGCUUUUGAAUUAUUAUCCUGUUAAUAGACUCAGUGACCACCAGACCCAGUUCAUUCGAUCUUUUUUAUUUUUUUCAGUUAUUUAUCUCUUGAUCUUUUAAAGAGGUUGCGAUGCCUUGCACACUGCCCAGGAAUCUAUGGAAGAGAAACAGGCCUACAGCAUCACAGAUCCUCCAUAUACCUCCACAAAAGUGCUUUCAAUAUAUUAAUUCCUUGUUUCAUUUUAAAACCACCCUGCUUAUUGCCAAAAAAAGCUCCUUCUUGGUCUCCUUUGACAUAAACAGAUUGUUUAAUUUACAGUCACAGCUCAGUUUGUAAACUCUACAUAGUUACUUUUUUGAUAAUAGGACAGCAACGUUUUUUGUUUUUUUUCUUUCUACAUGCCAACAUGUUGUUUUGCAUGUAGACGGUGUCUAAUGGUUGUCACGGAGAUUUAGUGAAACCUCCGUCCAGCUUGGUGCCUUUAAGAAAUGGACUUCUGUGCAAUUUAUUAUUUAAACCAUGGGGAAGAAGUUCCUUUCAGCUCUGAUCCACUUAAAAAGUAUAGUAUAAGUAAAAAUAUGCGUUUCAAUUACAUUUAUGUUAAAGGGCUUGAUUGAGUUAAAAGUUAUACCUUCUUAGCAUAGGAUUUUCUUCCUCUUGAAUUAACAUACUCAAAUUAAACUCUGAAUUUAAUUAGGCUAUUACAAGAAAUUUGUCCAUGUUUACAUCUUCAAGGAGAUGAUCAUUGAAGGAAAAUACUUUGCUUUACAUGUGUAAGAUGUUUUAAGUUGCUGUAUGAUGUAAUAUAUUUCUGUAGGGAUUCGUGUUGAUUACCAAAGAGAUGCAAGCAGGAAGCUGUCAGUUUCUGCUCUUUUCUUGUGUAACUCAGUGAGCAGGCAGUUAAAAUAAAUGUUUACAUAUUUUGUCAAUAAAAUAAAUCUCAUAUCUGA